AUGCUUCGAGGAUUAGCAAGACAGUGGACGCCGUCCUUGCGACAGGCAGUAGAGUUGUCAGUAUGCUCACCAUCUAGCUCCAUCGCCCGUGCAUCGCCUCUCGCUCUGCAGCGUAGCUUUGCCACCUCCUCAAGAUGGCGCAACGACAAGGACAAGUCGGCGUCUACGCAGGAGCUCGAAUCGCAAGCUUCAGGCCAACCCACAUCCGACCCUUCCCCUGCAGGCAGCAGCAACGUCUCUGAUGCUCAACAGCGCCAUCUUUCCUCCCAGCCCGCCGAAGCAGAAGCCACCGCAUCCAGUGGAAGAGCCGCACCGUCCACAAAUCUUGACGACAUUCUAGGCUCCGUUUCUGCUGUCUCGUCUACCCUUCCCGGCUCAGAGGCAUCCGCAGAGGCCGACUCGGCCUCUUCCACAUUCCAGGAAUCGCGCUCCCCUCUCAUCCGAGGCUCUCGUUACUCAUCUACCCAAUUCAACACCUCUUCAUCUUUCGCGCAACCCCACCGCUUGUUCGUCAACUCGUCACGAAACAACACCAUCCUCACUCUCACGAGCCCUACGGGCGACCCUCUCGCCUCGGCAUCCGGUGGGUCUGUCGGGUUCAAGAAGUCUGCUCGUUCCGGUUACGAAGCUGGCUACAGAGCUGCAUUCAGCAUGUUCGGCAAGAUCAACGAGUUCAAGAAUGCUUGGAGGAUUGCUCAUCUGCAAGUCCUGUGGAACGGCUUUGGACAGGGAAGAGAGGCUGUAUUCAGAGCUUUGUUGGCAGGUGAAGGGCAAACAACCAAGAACUUGGUCAGUAAGAUGACCGACAAGACACCCGUCAAAAUCGGAGGUGUGCGACCCAAGAAGCGCAGGAUGCUUUAA